AUGGCUUGGACAAUACCAUUUAAAAAGCGGGAAUGUUUAGAUAAGUCAACAAAGCCUCGAACCUGUGCCGAAACAAAAUCGUUCCUUGAUCACGAGUUGAGACCUCUAUAUAAUACGACUGUGCAACACCGUAUACGUUCAUUCACGGCGACCCUUGAAGGAAACACGUUGAACGACCGAGGCGUAAAACACACAGCUCCUUACUUUGCUGAUAUGCUUCCUUGUCCAUUCUCUUCAGGUCAAGUUGCUUCAGUUUGCCAGUUUCUCCAGAAUAACGGAGAGAUAGAUCGCCUUUCGCGAUUUCUAUGGUCCUUACCCGCAGAUAUAGAAAGCGACGAGAAAACUACCGAGACAAUUCUUGUCUCGAAAGCUGUUGUUCACUUCUAUCAGAACAACUUCAAGGAAUUGUACGCAAUACUCGAGAGCAACAAGUUCUCCAAAGAGAACCAUGAACGACUACAGUGUCUCUGGAGGACAGCACACUACAUCGAAGCGGAAAGGCAACGUGGCAGGCCUUUGGGAGCUGUAGGGAAAUAUCGUGUGCGAAGAAAGUACCCUCUCCCUCGGACGAUUUGGGACGGCGAGGAGACCACUUACUGCUUCAAGGAGAAAUCGAGGAACAUUCUGAACAAGGCGUACACCGACAAUCCAUAUCCCACUCCUCGUGAGAAGUAUGAGCUAGCGAAGAUGACUGAUCUCACUGUAACACAAGUCAGUAACUGGUUUAAGAACAAGAGGCAACGAGUGCGCGCUGCAGAAAUGAGAAAAGGGUAGGUUAGUCCCUCACUCGUUUAGACCAGUUUAUUUUCUUUUACAUGUUUAUUUGAAAAUGUAUGAUCAUGAGAGGUCACGAUUUCGCUUUUGUGUUUCAUUUGCAUGGCUGUGAACUAGACCAAAGAAUUAUGUUACUGGUUACCUUUACAUUUUAAGAGUUUUUUUUAACUCUUUAUUCUAGCUCAUGUUUCUGGUUGCUCAUUAAUAGCUCCUUAAAAGAAAAUUACUGAGUUUCCGUUACAGAUACUAGCUAAAAUCAACUGAGAGUAGAAAUAACCUUGUUUCGAUUAUCUAUAAAUGUUUCAAUCGUUCAGAAAUAUUUGAGCCUAUCUUUACCUUUGAUUAUCACGUUUUUGAUGAGAUCUGUGCGAGAAAAACUAAAUACAAGUAAAAUACCUUCAUUUCCUCUAAAGGUAGCAUUUUAGUGCGAAGAUAGAAGUGCGAUUUCAUUCUAAGAUUAAACGGAAAUAUUGAUAAUGCUUUUUGAAAUUCUUCUUUAAUAAUGAUACAUUUGUGUUAUGGUCAAAUUUGCGAUACUCAUGUAUCAGUUUUUCAUUAUUUUUCUCCAGUGAUAACCAUCCUUUACUCUUAUGAUAAUUUCUGCAAAGUUGUUUAAUGAGGGAGUCAUUGCUUAAGCCUUUAAGCGCCUAUUAACACCCUAUUCCAGCCGAUUAGAUGUUAAUAGGUUCCGAUUAUCCCCGAAACAUUGACCGACAAAGAACUGAAUCGCAAGCCGCUAAUUACAAAACAGAGUAUUUGCAAAAAGGGCAUUCGGCAUCUGCGUCUCCUAUUGCACGCUCUUUACGUUGAAAUCAUUCAGUUUCAAAAGGAGAACGUGUGUUUUUAGACACUUCUGACAUGAGAACUAGCGGUGCAUUGUACAAUGUAUCGAAUCUGCAUAAAGUCUUGUAUUGAAUGGCAAUUCCAGUGAUGUCUAGAAUAUUCAAUGAAUACACUAUUAAGAUUUCCUCGAAUUAAUUACCGCCAUAAAAAUGUUUCUCCUUGUUCACGCUACGAGAAAACAAAAGGAGCUAAAAAAGGCGAAGUAAUUACUACGAGAAAGAAAUGAAUGUUAAACACUUAUAAAACGAAGACAUUAACAUCUGAUUGUUGGAUUGAUUUUAUGUGAAAAGCUUAAUGAAUACCCCAUUCUUCAAUGUGAAGUCGAUUUUUACCUUAAUUAUCAUAAAUGUUCAUUUCUGAAGAAAUGAAAAGCUUAGAACUACAUUUUGGCCAAUACAUUGUCCAUUGAAAAUAUACAUUUACAUAUUAAGUUAUGAAUAUUUCGUUCCUUGUUUUUCCCUGUAAAAAGAGAUCAGAUUUCAUAUCGAUGGCCAGUGCUGCUGCGUAAACUUCACCAGUGUUUGUGUGCGGGCUGAAAUCGUAUCACUGAAUCAACAGUUUUGAUACUCAUGCUUCAAUCAUUUACCCGGUCCAAAUGGAUAGGAAGUUUUAGCGCUGUUUACUUUUCAUUUUAAAGCCUCGCGCGUAUUUGUGCACCUGCGCGUUGAAAAACCAACCGACAAUAUUAGCUAAUGGCUUUAGCCAUCAUCAGAGCACGAGAUUCGAUACCUAUUGACAUCAAUACAGAAGUUUUUUGUCGCGCUCCCGAAAGCAUACGGUAGAAUUACACUUCUUACUGCCUGAAAUUUCCGCAAUUUAUUCUAAUUUUCAACACAAUGCUGCACUGUACGUAUCACAUUCGGUAUUGUAUACACAUCAUGUCGUCGUUGUAGAAAAAAUGCAUGAAACGUGACUAUUCAUAGUCGCCCUCUAUGCUAUUACGUGAAAAUAUGACCUGAAUCUCAAAAUUUCUCAUGCUUUAUUGCCAUGUUAAGGCGACUUUUGUAGUUCCUCUGGUACCACUUAUGGUUCCGCGUCCUCAUUUGUUGUCAUUUCAAGCGAAACAUGUCAUAACUGACUUUUCAUUGUCAGCCCCUUUGCUUCGUAUAUAUUUCUUUGAGUCGCAGAAUAGAAUAUGAAUAUAAUAUGGAAUAGAAUAUAUAUUUGUAUAAUUUCUGUAUUGUAUGAUAAUAUUAGUGUUUUAUUUAUUGUUGUUGUUGUUUUUUUAUACUAUUUGCCUCUUUGGCCUAACGAAAGAUGAGGAUCGAAGAACAUUCUUGAUUAGAUUAUAGCUUUGGAUAAUCUUUGAAGUCGCUUGAAUGACAACACCACCAUGCUACUGAUGAAUAAAAAGUGUUAAAGUGUAAUGAUAUGGGUGCUGAUAAAAAUAAGUUAAAUUAAAGUUAACUCUCCAUUUAUGCCUUUUCCAGGGGUCUGGAUCAAGACGGAAUGAUGAAAAUGAAAGGACCAGGACGGUCCAUGAUGUUCAGCUAUGAUGAACUACGAUCUCACUUCCCUUACCUUAUUCCACAAGCCCCAGUCAUUCCCACGCCACAGCCUUCGGUGUCUGCAGCUUACUUUCAAGACCUUCACGUGCACGCUCAUGCACAUGCUCAGUUUCACCGUUCAUACGCGCCGCUCCAAACGUACCCAGCAUAUGUUUCGGGAAGUCCUCAUCCAUGUACCAGCACGUGCACCAGUAACCAUACACAAGUUACUCCUCUGAGUUUGUCUUCACAGACAAGUGCUUUUGAACCGAUCUAUUCUAGUCGGCUUGCAUUGGACAACUUGUAAUCGCGAAUUAUGUUUGAAAAUUUAAUUGAAUAACUUUUAAGCGUUUUCUUUUGUUUUAUUUGUAUUUUUCAGUCACAUUAAUCUCCUGAAUUAGCUAUACAUUGUACAGAGAUUAUAACUAAAAAAGAAAAACUAUUUUCCGACCAAGUAGAAAGCCUCCGGGGUGCUCGUGGCUGAUCUGAUAAUAGGAAGUUAUAUGUAUGUUUUCAUUGGUGUACAGCAUGCAGUUACUUGUUAGAAAUUGAAAAGACAAUACAAUACAAUACAGAUGGACUAGCUAAGAGAUAUUCGAAGAUUAAAAGCUUGACUGCGGUAUCUAUUUUAACUCAUUAUUUGAAAUCGUCUGGUUUUCAUUGAAAAUACUUUGAACUCUAUAAUAUCACUUUUACCACUUAAAUCGACAUUUUUGUAGCAGCUAGCAUUGCUGCUGAUAAUUUUCAAAUACUAUUGAGGAGGCAGGAGCACAGUGGAAUACUCUCAAUAAAAUAAUUGAAGGC